CUUGUAAGCACUGUCUCAGUGUGUUGCUCCAGUACAGGCAGACAACAUGGGGAAAGGUUUCUUCAUCAGUAAAGCUGUUGGAAUAGUGGGUAUCAUCCUGGGUGCGGGGGCCCUGGCCACUAUCAUAGCUCUAUCUGUUGUUUACUCACAGGAAAAGGCAAAGAAUAAUCAGGUUUCACCAGAAACAACAACCAAACCCCCUGUCACGACACCUGCUCCGUCAAAUGAACCUUGGGACCAGUAUCGACUGCCCAAGAACCUGGUGCCGGACCACUAUAAUGUCACCCUGUGGCCACGACUGACUCCAGAUGAGACAACUAAACUCUACAUCUUUACUGGUCAUUCCAGUGUGGAGUUCAUGUGUGCUGAGGAGACAGAUCUGAUUCUUAUCCACUCCAAUAAGCUGAACUACACCAAAUUUGAGAAUGACAUCAUGGCGAAGCUCACCUCAGUCAGUGGGGCCAAAGCCCCCUCAAUAAAGUCUUCCUGGCUCCAGACUGUGACUCAAUACUUGGUCAUACAUCUGGAUGGUAAACUGAAAAAAGACCAAAAGUACCACCUGUACACUGAAUUUACUGGAGAGCUGGCUGAUGACCUGGGAGGAUUCUACAGGAGCGAAUACAUAGAGGACGGAAAGAAAAAGGUUGUUGCCACUACUCAGAUGCAGCCGACAGAUGCCAGGAAGGCUUUCCCCUGUUUUGAUGAGCCUGCUAUGAAAGCUAUUUUCCACAUCACACUGAAGCACGACAGUGGAACUGUAGCCCUGUCCAAUGGCGAGGUAAAAGAAUCAAGCACUAAAAAUAAUAUCCAGACAACAGUUUUUAAGCCAACUGAGAAGAUGUCCACCUACCUGUUGGCAUUCAUUGUCAGUGACUUUGCCUACAUCAAUAACACCAUUGAUGAUGUUUUGAUCCGCAUCUUCGCCCGGAAGUCGGCUAUUAAUGCUGGUCAAGGAGAGUACGCCCUUAACAAAACUGGACCAAUCCUUAAGUUCUUUGAGGAGUAUUACAAUUACAGCUACCCUCUGCCCAAGUCUGAUCAGAUAGCUCUACCAGACUUUAAUGCUGGAGCCAUGGAGAACUGGGGUCUGAUCACAUACAGAGAGACAGCACUGCUCUACGAUGAAGCAUUCUCCUCCAACUCCAACAAACAGAGGAUUGCUACCAUCAUCGCUCAUGAACUGGCUCACAUGUGGUUUGGUAAUCUGGUGACCCUGAGGUGGUGGAAUGACUUGUGGCUGAAUGAAGGCUUUGCAUCUUACGUUGAGUACCUAGGAGCAGAUCACGCUGAACCUAAGUGGAAUGUGAAAGACCUCAUCGUGCUCGGUGAUGUCCACAGGGUGUUCGCUGUUGAUGCCCUGGCCUCUUCUCACCCUCUAUCCUCUAAAGAAGAGGACAUAAAGACACCAGCACAGAUCAGUGAGCUGUUUGAUGCUAUCUCAUACAGCAAGGGAGCGUCUGUGCUGAGGAUGUUGUCAGAUUUUCUUACUGAAGAAGUCUUCACAGUGGGACUCAGGACCUACCUGACUGAAUUCGCGUUUGGGAACACAGUCUACACAGACCUAUGGGAUCAUCUGCAAAUGGCUGUUGUGGCUAAUAAAACUAAGCUUCCUGACAGUGUCCAUAACAUCAUGAACACCUGGGUGUUGCAGAUGGGCUUUCCCGUGGUUACUAUAAAUACCACGACUGGGGCUGUAUCCCAGGAGCACUUUCUGUUGGAUCCAGACUCUGAAGUCACUACUGAUUCUCCCUUUAAAUAUCAAUGGAUUGUUCCAAUCCAGUGGAUGAAGACUAAAGACAUCCAGGGACUGAAAUGGCUGGAGAGUAAAUCAGCCACAAUUAAUGAGAUGAAGACAACAGGAGCUGAGUGGGUACUGGCCAACCUCGACGUGGUGGGGUACUACAGAGUCAACUAUGACCAGGGCAACUGGGACAAACUUCUAAAUGUUCUGACGACCAAUCAUGAGCUUAUUCCAGUGAUCAACAGAGCUCAGUUGGUGGAUGAUGCCUUUAACAUGGCCAGAGCAAAGGUCAUCCGUACAGAACUGGCCCUUGAUACCACCAAGUACCUGAAUAAGGAGAGGGAAUAUAUGCCCUGGGAGUCAGCGCUCACCAACCUGGACUUCUUCUACCUCAUGUUUGACCGCAGCGAGGUUUAUGGUCCCAUGCAGACUUACCUGAGGAAACAGGUCACCCCUCUGUUUAAAUACUAUGAGAAUAUGACUGAUAGCUGGAGCAAAGUACCUGAUGGACACAUGGAUCAGUAUAAUCAGGUGAAUGCUAUCAGCCUGGCUUGCAGAACAGGCCAUGAGGAAUGCCAAAAUCUGACCAAGACAUGGUUCAAACAAUGGAUGGACACUGAUGAAAAUCAGAUCAACCCCAACCUGCGCUCCACUGUGUACUGUAAUGCCAUUGCAGCAGGUGGCGCUAAAGAGUGGGAGUUUGCUUGGUCAAAGUUUGAGAAUGCCACCAUCGCUACUGAAGCUGAAAAACUCCGCUCUGCCCUGGCCUGCACCAAGCAGCCCUGGCUGCUCAACAGGUACCUGGAGUAUACUCUGAACCCAGACAUGAUCCGAAAGCAGGAUGCAACCUCCACCAUUGUCUACAUUGCCAACAAUGUGGUUGGUCAGCCUCUGGCAUGGGACUUUGUGAGGGCUCGGUGGUCAUACAUUUUCACACAGUAUGGUGGUGGAUCAUUCUCCUUCUCCAACCUCAUCAAUGGAGUCACAAAGCGCUUCUCCACUGACUUUGAGCUUCAACAGCUGAAGCAGUUUAAGGAGGACAACUCUGAGGUUGGUUUUGGCUCUGGGACCCUGGCAGUGGAUCAGUCCAUUGAGAGAACCACCAGCAACAUUAAAUGGAUCAAAGACAACAAGGACAAUGUUCUGAAAUGGUUUGAAGAUGAAGUAAAACCUAACUAACUCUGUGUUUACUUGUACUUCAUGUAAUUUAAGAUGGUCCUUUUUUCACCAAAAUAAAUAAUGCUUGGAGAUUCUACAUCCUAAA